AAGCAACCCAAAGCUCGAAAUAGAGAAAGCUUACACAAGUACAAAUAAAUUUAUUUUUUUAAACCCCCCCAAAAAAAAAGCCACAAUCAAUAGUCUCUUCGAUUACCACGAAAUUGCAGCGAUUCAAUUUCAAUAUUCUUUGAUUAUUAUUGCCGUAAUUCUUCAGCUAUCUGUUCUCUUUCUCCCUCCCUUCCUGUGAUCGAUUUGUCAUCGUCGGCGGAGUUUGGAUUUUAUGAGUGUCAGGCAAUUAAGACGGCUAAGUUCUUCCAGAACUUCUUUUUCCCCCUCCCUUUUUUGCAUAUGGAAAGACCUUCUUUGGCAUACGGUUCAUUUGUGCCAAAGGGUGCUUUUGCUCCCAGUAUAUUCAAAUGGCACUGGCGAGACAAGUCUUCACUUACCACUCAAUUGCUUAAUGAUGAACCUCCCGAGAUAGAAUUGUCUGAAUACCGAAGGCUGUCAAGUGCUGGUAGUGAAAGCCCAUCUGGACUUCUCAACGAUGAAGGCCUGAAGUCAGAAACAAUUGCUGAUUUAGACCUGUUCUUUGAAAGGCUUUAUAAUUACUAUCGGGAGAAAGGACUUCUAUGCAUUGUAAUCAAAUGGAUAGUAGAGCUCCUAACUGUGAUUUUUGUGACCACCUUUAUUUGGUUUUUCUUAUUGGUUGUUGAUUGGCACGCCCUACGCAAUGUGAAGUGUGGCAUGGAAGCAGUUGAGUCUGGUCAAAAGCCUUGUGAUCUGGCAAAGGAGGCGAUUAACCAUCAUCCAUUAGUUCCUUUAACGUUUUCGAAAAUUGUUAUUGUUGGGUCCAUGGUUAUUUUGAUCAUCUAUGGACUUUUCAAUUUUUUAAAGUUCUUUGUGCAGUUCACAAACACACUGAAGGUCCGCCACUUCUAUUAUCAGAACCUCAAUGUUACAGAUAGGGAAAUUCAAACAACACCUUGGCCAACAAUUUUAGAAAAGGUUGUUCAACUGCAGAAGUUGCAUCAACUUUGUGUGGUGAAGGAUCUCUCUGCACAUGAAGUGGUGAUGCGAAUAAUGCGCAAGGAGAACUAUUUGAUCGGGAUGCUCAAUAAAGGUGUUCUUGCUUUUCCAAUCCGUCAUUGGGUCCCUGGAGCUGGGCCAACUGUCAAUUCUAGAGCAAAUGGAAGGAGAAAUCGUUUAAUACUACCAAAGACUCUUGAAUGGACCCUAAAUUGGUGUAUAUUCAAUAGCAUGUUUGAUAGUAAAUUCUGUAUUCAGAGGGAUUUCAUCACAAACCCUUCAUUACUGAGAAAGAGACUUGUAGUGGUUGGUAUUGGAAUGUUUCUCUUAUCACCAUGCCUUGUCAUCUUUAUGUUGGUAUACCUUUUUCUCCGACAUGCUGAACAAUUUUACAAUCAUCCAAGCAUAGCAUCAUCUCGGAGAUGGUCUAACUUAUCCAGGUGGAUUUUCCGGGAGUUCAAUGAGGUCGACCAUUUGUUCAAGCAUCGCAUGAACAAUAGUGUGGUUCAUGCCUCAGAUUACCUAAAGCAGUUUCCGUCACCUCUUAUCUCUAUAAUUGCCAAGUUCAUAUCUUUUGUUUCUGGUGGCUUUGCUGCAAUAUUGAUCAUCAUUGCAUUCCUGGACGAGUCUCUCCUCGAGGGUCAUAUCUUUGGUCGUAAUUUAUUUUGGUAUGCUGCUGUUUUUGGGACUGUGACUGCUUUAAGCCGGGCUGCUGUGGCUGACGAGCUUCAAGUCCUUGAUCCUCAGGGGGCAAUGUCUCUUGUUUGUCAGCAAACACAUUAUAUGCCAAGGAAAUGGAGAGGUAAAGAAAACUGCGAUUCAGUUCGGCAAGAGUUUGAAACCUUGUUUCAGUACACUGGAAUGAUGCUUCUGGAGGAGAUGGCCUCAAUCCUUGUCACUCCUUACUUGUUAAUUUUUGUCGUCCCGAAGCGUGUAGACGAUAUCCUGCGCUUCAUCUCAGACUUCACAGUGGAUAUUGAGGGUGUUGGUCAUGUUUGCAGCUUUAGUGCAUUUAACUUUGAAAGCCACGGAAACAAGAAGUAUGGUUCGCCAUUUGACGCACCAAGAGAAACGAGGAGUUCCCAGGGUAAAAUGGAGAAAUCAUUCUUGAGCUUUCAAAGCGCAUAUCCAUCCUGGGAACCAAGCAUUCAUGGUCGGAAAUUCUUAGCCACACUUUGCAAGUUCAAGGAUCAACAAGUGCAACAAAAUCUCCAUCGUCAUAACUACCCUUCACCAAGCCAACCCUGGGAACUUGCCCAAAGUUCAAGAACCCAAAGUGAAAUGUUCCACAGAUAUCCCCCAAAGGAUAUCCUCCUCAAUAUCGUCAAUAUACCUGAUCAAGAUGGUAUCCACCAACCAUAUAUAUUGGAUUUAUACUACACUUCAUCUAAAGACUGCACACCCUUAUCCCAAGAAACAAAACCCUUUGAGCCAAUUAUGGACCAAUUAUGGGCAAAGGAAACUGAUGGUAAUAUAGUUGCAGGAGGAGAAGUUUGGGGAUCUAGCAAUAUCCCCGAGAGACUUCAGUCUCAUUUAGAGGCAUCCACAUCGAGCCCUCUCCUCAAAGACGGCAGUUCUCAUCCAUGCGAUCCAGCGCUUGGGAAUCCAUGGUGGGCCCGAUCCGGGCCCCACUCAUCGGCACAUGUCGCCAGCUUUCUCGAGCCGCCUCCUGUUUUUGGUCACCGUAACGCAAGUUACCACAGUGAAAAUGCUUCAGAAAGAAGCUGGGGAGAGCAAGAAGCAGAUGAUGGUCGAGCUAGAGACUGGAGAAACCGUAGCUCAAUGUCGAGGACUAAUUACAUGGACGAUGAUGAUGGCUUGGAUCAUGAUGAUGAUGGGUUUGACCUCCACUUUGCUGAUGAUAUUGAGAGGAACGUUGGGGGGAGCAGCGGAUUUGGGAAUCCUUUGGUUAGUCUUCCUGUAAAGAUUUUGCCCAGGAGCAAUGAUCCCGUGCAGUGAAAGGAACAAUUUGUAAUUGUUGACUUUGGAUUUAUUGUUACGUCGUAGGAUACCAUUCUUUCUGUACAUAAAUUCAUCAACUGUUUAUGAAAACGUAUGGGUGUUGGCUUCA